AUUGUUUCAUGGGAAAUACGCCUCUGUUGUUCGAUAGUAACGGAUACGUUAUUUGGAUUACGUAAUUAGAUUACAAAAAAUCAAGAGUCUGCAAAUAGAAUAUGGUACAUUUUAUUUUUUUAUUACACGAUAACACAUGAAUCAGCAAGUGUAAUAUACUGUUUUUGUUCGUACGUUUUAAAAGAGCUACCCCAGAGCCUCGUGCGAAGAUGGAGCGGUCUCGUUCAGCAUUUGACCACUGGAUGCACAAACACCACUUCACGUUUAGGGACACAAGAGGGAGAAACAUUACUGUUCAGUGCAACCUCUGCCUCCCAAAGAUCAACAUCCUAUCCACUGCAAGGGACUCUACCUCUAAUCUAAAGAAGCAUUUGGAGUGUCACUCACCUUCCCAGAUGCGCAAACGCCAGCACACCGAAAUGUCGGAGCCUGAGCCUCUUUUUCUCCCACCCAAGCGGCUGAAGUCCGCUGUAUGGGAGUAUUUUGGGUAUUUAAAAGACCCAGGAGGCACCAUCAUUGUUGAUGGUUAUCCAGUUUGUAGAUUGUGUCGGAAAAAAGUGUCAGCUCGGGCAAGCAACACUUCAAACAUGGCGCACCAUCUCCGUGACCACCACCCCAAGGAAUUUGCAAAGAUGAAUAGAAAGCAUUCUGUGGUGUGUAGGAGACGAAUAAGAGAUGUACCAAGUAGUGAUGCACCAAGCAGUGAUGGACCAAGCAAUUAUGGGCCAAGCAGUUAUGGACCGAGCAUUGUGGAAAAUCAAACGGCAGAAUCGUCCGAAGCGAAAGAAGCUAAGAUUGAUCCCACCAUUUAUCACCAAACAACACAAUCGAGGCUAAAUACCCUAGUUUUCAAUUUUAUCGUGGAGGAUGUGCAACCCAUUUCAAUUCUUGAGCAACCUGGCUUCAGGAGGUUGAUUGAAGCUUUAAGUCGGGGCAAAAAAGUCAUGAGUCGAAAUGCUUUUAUCAGCAGGCUUGAAGUAGCAUUUGAUAAAAUGAAAGGGGAGCUAAAAGCAAAGCUUGACAAAGUGCAGACAUUAUGUACAACUGCUGAUGUAUGGUCGGUGCAGGACAGAAGUUAUUUUGGAAUGACUUGUCACUGGCUUGAGGACAAUCUCGAAAGGAAGUCUGCUGCUCUUGCCUGCACAAGAAUCCCUAUCAGCUACACUUGCGAAUCAAUCAUCGCUAAAAUCCAAGAAAUUCAUUCUUCCUAUAACAUCGAGAGCAAAGUCCAGGCCACCGUCACUGACAACGGUAACAAUUUCAUAAAAGCCUUCAAAGAAUUCGCUUCUGAUGAUGACCAAGAAGUGGAGCAAAGUCAUUUUGAGGAUUUGGGCAGUAUUCUUUGUGAUGGAGAAAUCGGUGGAGACUUCUUUCUGAGUUACUUCCUACCACCUCACCAACGGUGUGCUUCUCAAACCCUGAACUUGAUUGCUUCAAAGGAUCUAGCGGAUGCCGUCUCAAAGGGACCGGCAGGUAAACUGCACAGCAGCGCAGCUGAAAAAUGUGCAGCGAUAUGGCACAAGACCCAAUCGUCCACUGAAGCUGCUGAUGCAAUGGAAUCCAUUGCAAAAAUGAAAUUCACAGUUCCUUGUCUGAAUCAGUGGAGCUCAGAAUACUACGCCAUUAACAAGAUUAUGUCGCUUACCGAUACACAGCUCAACGAGUUGACAGAAGUCUUGGGUGUUCCACAUUUUACACCUGAUGAAACUGCGUAUCUCACAGAAUAUACUGACGUCUUCAAACCAGUGGCUUUUGCGCUUGACCUUCUGCACGGAGAAGAAAAGUGCUUCCUUGGCAUUGUGAUACCAACGCUGUUGACACUUAAAAGAAAGCUUGAGGAGAAGGCAGCAAACACUCGCCUCUUCUCCAGGGUCAUUGAAAGCACCGUCAAGGCAAUUGACUCUCGCUUCAAGCAGGUGUUUGAAAGUUCUGAUGCCAGAUUGGCCACAGCCACCAUGCCGCAGUUUAGACUUUGGUGGUUGCCAGAAGAUGAGAGGGAGAGUCUUCGAGCACAGUUGAUCACUGAAGUUUUGCAGGUCGACCAAGGGACCGAAGAAACUGAGACCAAUGGAGGCUCUGUUCACGAGGAUGAAUUCUUCUCGUAUGGACCUGGAAGUUCUGGCAACAAAAGUGGAAAGAGGGAAGCAGCGGAAGAAGUGUGGCUGUAUCUUCAAGGCACAAACAAAGAUCUGAAAUGCCUCCAUGAAUUUCCAGGUGUGAAAAAAGUGUUCAUCAAGUUCAAUACAACUCUACCCUCAAGCGCCCCAGUACAACAGCUCUUCAGCAACGGGAGUAACAUCGUGACCCCGAAGGGACAUCAUCUCUCAGAUGAACAUUUCGAGCGCGUGCUCCUUUUACGCUACAACAGCAAAAUCACCACUGCUUUGGAAUAAAUCAUGGAGCAACACUGCUGAUGUUUAUAGACUAUUUUUUUUUUUUUUUUGUAUAGGUAAUAGGAUAGGAUCUGUCCCAUUUUAUUUUUUUUUUAUCCCCAAAAUAUUCCACACGAACGCAUGUACCACCAAAAAAAUCUUUGGUAAAUGUUUAUUUCUCAAAAAACAGUAAACAUGUUAACAAGAAGAAAUUUGUUACUUUUAAAGUUGGACUAGUGGUUCUAGAGCUGUUCAUACAACAUGUUAGUCAUGCAAUAAUCUAGAUGUAUAAGAGUAGUUCUUAUUCUAAAUUAUGAUUUCAUGUUCAGAGCUGUUGUUCAAUGCAUAAGUGUAACCACACGUUAAAGCGCCAAACAAAUAUAUCACUUGGUGGAAGAAUUGUCCAUUAUGAUUCUCAUUACUAAUAAAUGUAUUUUUGGAACAUCUGGUCUCUUAUUUAACGGUUUCUGCAAUCUUUUAAGACCGACAAGACACUUCAAGCCAUACAUUCGUGAUUUUGCCAUGAUUAAGUGUUAAAAGCUAAUUUGUGUUUUUAUUUUUAGUAAAAGCCAACUAACGUACAGUCUUGAUUGAGGUAGUUCUUUUGGAAUAGAAGAGAGAACUUUUUAUGACACAAGCUUUUAUUUCAAAGAAAUUUGUUUAGCUACAGUGCGCUUUUCAUUAAAACCCUUGGGACCAUAUGCUAUGUGAGUGGCCUUUUUAUGAUCCAAGCUGUCAUACACUGGUGUUAGACUUAGCUUUUAGAAGACUACAGUCCUGUAGACCAACCCUGAUCUAACAUAGUCACCUGUAAAGAGCUUGAUUAAAUGGUUCAAGGUUGGCCCUCCAGGAAUGGGGUUUCACAGCUGCACAUUUUGUAUAUAUUGCAUAUUCAUCCCUGUUCAUCAUCAUCUUCAGCUCUCCAGUGUGUGUGUGUUUGUUUAAUAAAAUGCUCUGAGUAUAAACCAAUCUCCUGUCUGUCUAAACAAAUAAGGUCUUAGUUGCACUUUGCUAUAACGGUUAAUAACACUAACAGAAAAGUGACAUUAAAAUAAAGAAUAUAAUUACAUUUUUAGAAUGACAAUUUUUUUAUUCGUAAACUUAGUGGGAU